GGACCCCGCCACCGCCACCCGGGAGGCUCCGGGGGCACCGAGGACUGGGCAUCCCCGCCCCCCGAUGGGGUAACAGGACAUUUUGAAGAAUUCUUCAAAGCAUACUCCCUGAAACAUUUUCCCUAGUGCAUUAAAACAUGUAUUGUACUACUGUGACUCGUUGGGACAGCUACCUAUACUAAACGAGAUCAUUUUCAACAUUUGCAUUUAUAGAAGAGGAAACACAAAGAUUUCCAAAUGAAUAACCGAAAGGAAGAUAUGGAGAUUGCCUCCCAUUACCGUCAUCUGCUUCGUGAGCUCAAUGAGCAGAGACAGCAUGGCAUCCUCUGUGAUGUGUGCAUCAUAGUGGAAGGGAAAAUCUUUAAAGCUCAUAAAAACGUUUUGCUUGGGAGCAGCCGCUACUUCAAAACACUGUACUGCCAGGUACAGAAGACAUCUGACCAGGCUACAGUAACUCACUUAGACAUUGUCACUGCACAGGGCUUUAAAGCUAUCAUUGACUUCAUGUACUCUGCUCACCUUGCGUUGACCAGCAGAAAUGUCAUUGAGGUGAUGUCAGCGGCUAGUUAUCUCCAGAUGACGGAUAUUGUCCAAGCUUGUCAUAAUUUCAUAAAAGCAGCUCUUGACAUAAGCAUAAAGUCGGAUGCAUCGGAUGAACUUGCUGACUAUGAAAUCGGUGCUCCCUCCAGUAGUAGUACUGAUGCUUUGAUUUCCGCAGUGGUGGCUGGUAGGAGCAUCUCUCCCUGGUUAGCUCGGCGAACAAGUCCAGCAAAUUCCUCUGGAGACUCAGCCAUUGCCAGUUGUCACGAAGGAGGAAGCAGCUAUGGGAAAGAGGAUCAGGAACCAAAAACAGAGAGUCACGAUGAUAUUUCAUCACAGUCUCUGUGGGCUAGUGACAUAGGCUAUGGGUCCUUACGUAUCAAAGAGGAGCAGACCUCACCGUCGCAUUAUGGAGGGAGCGAAUUGCGUUCUGCAAAGGAUAAUACAAUUCAGAACACUUUCCCCGAACAAGGUGCGGGGGAUGGCUGGCAGCCCACAGGCCGCAGGAAGAAUCGGAAAAAUAAAGAGACCGUGCGUCAUAUUACACAGCAAGUAGAAGAUGACAGCCGGCCAAGUUCUCCAAUGCCAUCUUUCUUGUCUGCUUCUGGCUGGCCAUAUAACAGUCGGGAUCCUAAUGCUGAUGUGACGGUGACAGAACCCAGCAGCUCUGAUAGCCGGGGGGAGAGAGCGGACCUCUAUGCAAAUGCUGAUGAGGCACUCAUAGGAGGAGAAGCUAGUUACCUAUCUCAACCCCUAACUCCAGAGAAGGACGAUGCACUUCACCAGGCUACAACGGUUGCUAAUUUGCGCGCUGCCCUCAUGAGUAAGAACAGCCUGCUGUCUCUCAAAGCCGAUAUGCUGGGAGAUGAUAGCUCUCUACUGUUUGAGUACUUGCCCAAAGGCACCCAUUCAUUAUCUCCCUUGUCAGCACUGGCUAUGGGCCUUAGUCCUGGAUCGGAAUUUGAACCCACAACCUUCAGGCCCGGAUUAAACGAAUUCACGGUGAUUAGAAAGAAAUUCAAGUGCCCAUAUUGCAGUUUCUCAGCCAUGCAUCAGUGUAUCUUGAAGAGACACAUGCGAUCCCAUACAGGAGAGAGGCCCUAUCCUUGUGAGAUAUGUGGGAAAAAAUUCACAAGAAGGGAACAUAUGAAACGCCACACCUUGGUCCACAGUAAAGAUAAAAAGUACGUGUGCAAAGUGUGUAACCGAGUAUUCAUGUCCGCCGCCAGCGUGGGAAUCAAGCACGGCUCCCGCCGUCACGGAGUGUGUGCCGACUGCUCGGGCCGGGGCAUGGCCGGCCACCUGGAUCAGAAUGGAGGGGAGGGGUCUCCGGAUGAGCUGUACCCUGGUGAGGGUCACUACAUGGAGGAUCCCGAUGACAUCAAAGUGGAGGGCGAUGAGGAGAUGGGUGAUGACGACGACAUCAAGUGGAAAGAGGAUGUCGGCAUCUCACAGGAUGAUGUGAUUUUAGAAGAUGACAAAGAGGACGUCGACUCUCCGCAAGAGCAUGAGAACUCUGGAGAAAAUGACAAAGAUUUUACCUGGAUUUCUUAGGGAAUUGUUUAUUCGUGUGGGGGGAGGGAAGGGAAAGAAAGAGAGUGUGGAAAAGCAAAGUAGCCUUGUCGUUGUCCAUAUGUGUAAGUUUUGUUUUUUCGUUUGUUUGAUUUAAGCAAAUGUAAGUCCUUGAACUGUUCCAUUCAGCUAUUAGUAAUGCCACUUUGAGUGGCCACUGUUAUUUCCCUUGAAUCUUUCCUCACCCCUGCUCCCUUGCCCCGGUCCAAUCUGCCUUUGCCUCUUUGUGAGUGCGGAUCAGAUUGCAUGCAAGUGACUUACUUUCUCAAGGGUGAGCACUAUAAAUGGAGUGAGAAAUCAGGAGAGGGAGACUGUAAAAAGUGUGUGUUCCUUUUCUAAACUUUCCCCACCCCGUAUCAGCCACCAGAGUAUGAACCUAGUUCAAAAUCAUAACUAACUAAAAAUUCCCAGCAGCAGUGAACUUGCCCAUCAGUACCACGUAAACAAUCCGAUCUGUGUAUUUGGAGGGCGUCCCCAACCUGAAACACCGCUCCCCGUUCUGCAAAGGGGAAACAUACGCAUUGCUGUUGUUUGGAGGGGGGCGGGGGUUAAUUAUUUUUAAAUGACAUUUUUUGUAUAGGUCCGAGGCAGACGAAGCUGCUUCCUGAAACGGUGUCCUGCCCUCCUGAAGCCCACGGAGUCGGGUAUCAGAAGCUGGAACAAUCUGAGGAGCUCUUUGCCCCAUCGGGCUUUUCUUUCACACCAGCUUAUUGAUCCUGCCCGAUUCUGUUCCCUAGAGGGUCGGUGUUCCCAGGGCAUAGCGGAUUGCUUUUCACAUCAUGGCGUUUGGUCCCAUUGGCUCCCGUGGGCGGUCACCCUUCGCCGCCACGUCUUCUGCCCUCCUUGCUAUAGGUAUAUGCAAACUCUUAUCUUUGGAAGGCACUUCCCACAUUUAAAAUAAGAAUGAUGGGAAUGCCGGAACCGAGGCAUUAUAUUCUUCAUUGCCAAGCUAAACAUUCCUCUUUUAUUUGUUUCUUAAAAGAGCUGACCCCUAUUUAUAUUAAUCAAGGAGCCCCAUAUCUUAAACAGAUCGGUUCAUAUAAAACUUUCUCCCUUCUCGUCACACCUCCCACCCUCAACUACUGGAGUUCUCCUCCCGAAGUUUUCCUCUGUACUCUACAGAAGUUGUCGUCACUGGGGUAAGCCAGGGAUGGUUGUCGGUUCACUCUGCUCAUAUUGGCCACUGCUGCCUUCCUCUGGCAACUUUUGAAAACAUGAAAGUGUCCUGUUUCGAAAGAGAGGCUCUCGUUGUACCUCUCACCUCUGUGCUUUGGUGCUUAAAACAAAAAUCCAAAAACCUCACUGUUUCCUUGCCAUGGAGCAGAUUUUUAUAAAGCAUGUCUGGUAAUAGGGUCGUCUUGAAACCUGCCACAAAAGUCUACCCUUUAAUCCGAUAAGCCAAAUGAUUAAAAGGUGCUAUAUUCCAU